AUGAAUCAGGGACUUUUUGCUUUGGCAUUUCUCCUUUGCGUUUCUUUCGGUAAGUACUUUUGGUCCGUUCUAUUGCAUUGAUAUGCUCAUCGCCAUCUAGUUCUUUCUGGCAAUGACUGGACAUGCCAGUCGAUCGAUACAUAGCGGAUUUGAAACGCUUUUAUUCAAAGUUGCCUUUCUUAGGGCUGUACUUUCUUCGCUGUAUUGGUAUACGAUGAUAUGAGAUGUUCAGUCGUUCCUUACAAGAUUACGCUUCGUCUUUGUUACGGUUGUCUUUACGUAUCCAAAUUAGGGGUGACGAAUGGUCUUUGCGAGCAUUCGCGAGAAUGCGAGCACUGCGAUUUUUUUGCGAGCACGAGCAGAGAUAAAAAAUUUGCUUUGCGAGCAGCGAGCAGUUUAGAGAGUACAACUCGCAAGCAGCGAGCACUUGUUAUAUAGGAACAACGUCCUCGUGUCAGAACAGCCUCUUCUGGAAGAAUCCUAAAGCUUCCAAACCGUUUUUAUCGAAAACACGGCCUAAUUAAAGCCCAGUGAGUAGAGCGGUAGAGAAACUCAGAAGAACCCAAGGUAACAAUAUCUUCUCCUCUUGUAACCGUAUAUAGCUAGAUCAGCUAAUUUAUUAUUUAUCGUUGUCAUUUAUCGCGUACAUUUCCAAUGAACUUGAUAGCCAUAUUUACAGGAAUUAAGCACCAUACAGAAUUACAUUUACUUUAACCCAAAGAGGGAUUUACAAAAUUUCGAGCAAUACUGACAAGAAAGCAAACAUGCGCGCGACAAACUGCAAAAAUUUGGUGAGCACAAGCAAGCGAGAACUCGUGUAAACUUUGCGAGCAAAUCGAGCAAAGGUAAAAUUUUUGCGAGCAGUUAAAAAUUUUCAUGGACCAUUCAUCACCCCUCAAAUUGAUCUGAAUGGAGGAUCAUCAGAAAAAGUUGAGUUUGAAAGUUGUGUUCAUGUAUUAGUGAAAGGAUAUUUUGUAACCGUGACAUUAAAGCUUAUCUGGCCACGUUUAAUGGAAACAGCUGCUCUGUAAACCAACAAAACUUUUCCGCGUUCACGGAUAAGCCAGCGCCUACUUUCAUUUCACAGAGGCUUUCAAUAAACCACCAAAUUCCAAACAUAUGAGCUUGUAUCACUGAAAUAGCUUUACUGUUGCUUUAAAAAGUUCAUUUCUACUAGUAAUGCUAUAAUCGCCUUGGUUCGUGGCUCAAAUGGAAACAAUCGCCAUUUUCGGAGUGAAAGUUUUCACUUCCUUACUCUGUGGUGGUACCCCUUAGUACUUCUUUCAUGCUCCUAUAUUCACGAGUCACGAUUGCGUACGAUAAUCAUAGCUGGAAUUUUCGUUCUUCAAAUGUGCGAAAGUUACACCGCCAGGAAAUUUUAAUAGUUCUUUGUACAGAGGAAUUCAGGCUGUAGAAGAUACCAAGACAUCAUUUUCUUCGAGCCCAAAAACAAAUUUUAUUAGAAAUUCUAUUCGUCGUAGAGAUUCAAAAGCGUGGAACAGUUUACAACAGCUGAAACCUUUCAAAAGAAUUUUAACAACUAUCUCUCGCCAAAUUUGAUGUAGUUAUUUAAACUCGCUUGACUUUUUAAGUGCAGGUGAACUUCUCAAAGAUCAGAAGGGGAAAGAAAUAUUGGUGCGCUUUCAUGUUAGGUUGUUGAUUUAGUGGGAGUUCCGAAUCAGCAUGCCAUAGUCAUAACGUUAAUUUCAAAGUUUUCGUAUUUUUUUUUUGCUUUCACGUCCAUUUUAGACUUUUAUAAUUUCGAGUUCAACGCAAGAGAGAAUGGGCUCAUUCUCUCUUAGCUCAACGUCUAUCCGUGGUUAUGAAAUUAAUCGCGUUCCUUGUAAAAUUCCUAGAAACUGGCAAAGGACUCAUCCGUAUUUUCCCGGAAUCGGGUCUGUUAUUGAUGACAUUGAUAAGGCUUCGCCCAUUCUUUUUGGCCGUGGGUCAAAACUGACGUAAUGUUAAUGUACCUGUGUUUAUUUUGCUGUGACAUUCUGUCACUUAAGAAAAAAAUACUCAUUAUGAAUAUUACCUAAAAAGCAUGUAUGCUUGGGUCUCGUGUAGCGGAUAAAGAGCAUGAAAAAUUAUCUCACACCUGAGUCUUUAUAGUUCGUUAAAGUUGACGUGAAGCAACCGGCAUAAUUAAGCACGUGGAAACAGUUGUCUAUUUUUACAGAGCUAUUUUUACUGCUAAUUGAAACUCUUAUACUAUACUUAUAGUAUGAAAGCUACCAAAGGCCAAAGGAGAAUAUGUUUUCAAGGAAUCUGUGAAUCUUCAUUUAUGACUAGAGUAAAAAACAAAAUGAUGUCAAAUGAAAGUAGUGCUAAAGGAGUUUAAUUUGUGUGGUUUAAUACAUCCCAAGGGUCUACUCUCAUGCGAAUGUAGGCCGUUACUGGCCAAACAUUUAAUAUUGAUUCUGCUGAGGUCAGUUCUACUGCUUCGCUGCCUUUAAUGAAUGAGGACAGGAGACCUUGCCCAGGGGCGGAUCCAGGAUUUUUUUUAGGAGGGGGUGCACUCGUCUCUUGCUCUACUUCAACACCAAUAAACCAUAUAGUUUUUUUUUUUCGCAGAACACCACUUGUAUUAGAAAACUGCAGGUCAUCUCAGGGGUGGGGGGGGGUGUGCACCCCCUGCACCCUUCCCCCUAGAUCCGCCCCUGCUGCCCAUGAAACAAGGUUGCGGGUUAAUUUAACUGGAAAUCUGUUCGCUACAAGAUAAAAAUGAAACUGUUCUACAGUAGCGAGGACCAGCCCAGCCAACCUGUGUAUCAUACUUCUUAGUAUUAUCGCUACUGAAAAUGUUGCUCUUCUUCACUGGCGAAGACAUCGCGGUUGAAAAAAAAAAACGGGCCGAUAAUAGACUUUUCAUUCGAAUUUUUUUACUUGAACUUCGUUAGCGAUAAAACCAGAUAAAUUAAGUUUACGUAACUUCGUCAUCGCCACAGGGAACCCGAACGCUGUAUUAGCUAAUAAAAGAAUCAGUUAUUUACCUGUGUUUCCGAAGUCUUUAUGAGCUGUUUUGGAAGGGAUUUGAAUCCAAUGAGUGGAUUCAAAUACCUUCCAAAACGGCUCAUAAAGACUCAGGAAACACAGGCAAAUAACAACUUUUAGUAUACACUAAAACAGUGGAUAGUGUUUUUCGUGCGCUCUGAUUGGCUACUCAAUCAGUGAAUAUCCUGCACUAUUCACUGAUUUACCUCCAGUUCCUUAGCCUGCGAGCAAGCUCUCCUAUUUGGGCGAGUGAAACGAGUCUCGCGAGAACGCGCGAGCGAGAGGCGAAGCCGCGAGGGGCGGAGGAAAGGAGAGCUUGCAACCAUCCCUUACAAAUUUUCAUUUGUACUUUGCCCAGACGAAGGGAAAUGCCAUUGGCUGAAAAAUGACGUUCCGGAAAUCAAAGUUGAUUGAUAACUGGCCAAGCUGGCACCCGCUUCGUCUGUGUGUCAAAUUUGGUUCUCAGGGGGAUCAGAUUGGUACCAAGAACUUGUUUCAGCCCUCAAUGCAGACGGGCUCGUUUGUUGUAAUUGUCGCAAAGAGAAUAUUGCGUGCCGAGGAUAAGUCGGACCGAGUUUGUAGUUCUUGUGGAAGGAAAUGAAAACCUUUCAUCAGUUGUAUUCAUCUGUGUCAAGCGCCUUGUUUAGUUCUGAAAACAGGGAGAGUGAAAGUGAAGAGUGAUUAAAGCACUGUCUUCUAACAUCGGUUUCUUCGCCCGAUUGAAUUCUUCUGGGUAGAAAAAUUCAGAAACAUGUACUUGACAGUGUAGCUGUGUAGCUUGAUCUUAAAGAAGGAAAAGAGAAAGAGUUGGAAGCAACUGGAGUAAACCUUAAGAGAACCAAAUGCCGGAAAACGCUAUUCUCCUUUCCUCGGCCCCUCGCUCCCGCGUUCUCGCGAGGCUCACUUCGCUUGCCCAAAUAGGAGAGCUUGCUCGCAGGCUACCAGUUCCUCCGAGCGAGCGACGCCAAACUCGCGUAGGUUGCGCGCAAAAUGCUUUCCCGGUUUGCUGCCGUAACAAACUAAGAAAUUUCACAACUAAUCAAGCAAGCUAUUUCCGAAAUACAUGAAGAGGGUGACGAAGGUCGGUUUGGAAGUUUUAACAGGUAAAGCUUUGUCUUUUUGACUUGAUUAGUUAUCGAUAAAACCGGUGAAAAAGUUUUUUGUUUACAAAUGCAAAUUAAGCUUAAGUCUUUGCGCUACAGUAUGUUGCCCAGUAUCCGGACACUUUAGUUUAAGAUUGCAAUAACUUUCCUUUGUUAAUCGCAAGAGCUCUGAAAUUUGGCCCAGGGAAAAUCUAUCUAGUCCUUAGGAUGACGAAAGACAGUUUAACUUUUUUGCCUUUGUUUCCGUCGCGAAAUUAAUAUUUUGGAAGAGCUCCUUUGUUGCCCAGUAUCCGGACAGCUGGCUCAGUAUCCGGACACAACAAUAACAACGUAAUUGUACAUAAAUUUCGACAGGCAAGCGACUUAUAAGCUUCUCUUGCACUUGCAAAGUAGUCUGGCAAUCGAUUCCGAAAAUAUAACCUAGCAUCGUGAAAUAAAACAUAACAAAUGACUGGGGUAUGGUGGCGAACGCGAGCAGCUGUUUUAAAAAUGGUAUAAUUCUCACUUCCUUGUCUAGGAACUUUUUCACUGAUUUAAGGAAGGCAUCCGUGGACAUGCCGAAGCCGUGGUUUGCAAGCUCAAUUAGCCAAUCUGCAAACGAUUUUCUUUCUUCAUUUUUUAUUUAAAGAAAAGCUUGGGGAAGGGACCUCAACCCGACGGUCAAAGGUCACUCUCCUAUUUAGUCUGACCUGCAGUGUUGAUUUCCUCAUGCUCAGUCCCCACAAUAAGCCUGCUUUUCUAGCACUAAUUCCUCCUUCUUUCACAUCUCUCAAUCCCUUUGUGACAUUUUUCAGACCGCUGCAACCCCAUUCUAGCAGUCCCAACUGGGGAAAGUAUGAGAAUUCCAGGUUCAACUAAGACGCUUUCGGUUAUAUAUAGAAAAUGCAGUCACGCGAAACAAGCCGUGCACACGAAAUCAAGUCGCCUCUGAAUGAGUGAAGAAAAUUUCCAUACGGAGUUGGGUGGAGUUACAUUUUACGACCAUAUCAUAUAUCCUAGGCUUUAAUUAUAGUUACUGAUAUGAAAUAAAUCUUAUCCGGAGAAUGUACACCGCUAAUUCAUCGAUUCUGUCCAGCAACGAAAAAACUGUCCGGAUACUGGGCACAUGACAUCAAAACUUAGUGAAUGUUUCUGGCCUCCGUUAUUCCAAACAAAUCGAAUUUCAAGAAAAAUUAAUAAACUUUCUGAAAACCUGACUUCCUUAAGUACCUUCACUUUAAAAAUAAAACAGUUUCUUUGAAAAUAUCACACAUUACCCUCCCUUUUCUGAGCAGCACUAACUUUACUGCGCAGUAAACAGCGUAAAUAGUAGCCAUGAAAAGUUUACUCACCUGAACAGAACGGCGUCUUCUGCGACUGUUUCGCAAGCUUUCAAAUCGCCAAAACUUUCAUCUUAAAGCUAUGUUCAGCUUUCAUUCGAAAUACUUCGUUUACCGGGAACUGAAAAGGGCAACUCAAAAAUUGAGUUUUUGUUUCAAGUGUCCGGAUACUGGUACCGUCCGGAUAGUGGGCAACAUACUGUACUUUAUUUAGUUUACUUGUCAUGAAUAAGCUUAAAACUAAAUGUAAUAAUCUUUUUUAAAGAAUUAUUUUAAAUACAAACAGAAUUCACAACUCCUUUUGAAGAAACUUCCCCGCAAGAGCUAAACAAACGCCUUGAAAAGUUUUAUUUGUCGCUAAGAAAAAGCGACGACCGCGGCCGUUCGGUCAUCGCGCGCCAAAAUUGUAAUCGUUGGCAACAGUAAAUGAGUUAAAAAUCAUGAUUUUGUGCUCAAUUAUCUCACUGUUUUAGUAUAUACUAAAACAAUUAUUCACCUCAGUGUCGGUGGCUAGUAUUGGAUAUUUACCUUGCCGCUUCGCGGCCUCGGAAAAUAUCCAAUACUAGCCACCUCCACUUCGGUGAAUAAUUGUUAUUUAUCAGCUAAUUCAGAGUUCGGGUUCCAUGUGUCAGAACAAUUAUCAAGAGCAUUGCUGGAGCGUUAUAGGCCUUGGGGCAGAACCAGUAGACUCAUAAAAGUUCUAGCUAUCUGUGGUAACAACAGAGGGAAAACCGAUACUACUACAAUCUGUUGGCACUGCUUUGCUGUUAGUAUAUGUACAGAAAGGAGUGCAACAAUUCCCUGAAAUUCUGAAAGUCUGAUUAUGUGUACUAUUUCAGCAUGUGGCUUACAGUGUUAUCAGUGCAUAAGCACGAAAAGUUGGGAUGACUGUGAAAGCGUCAAAACAAAGGUGAACUGUUCCUCUACCAAGAACCGAUGUGCUAAGGGCUACGAAGAUAUCAAAAAAGGCGGAGUAUCAGUGAAGGAUUAUGCCAAAGGUUGUAGCUCAGCAGAUUUUUGCAAAACUGCGACAGACACCGACGCCUGUAAGGAAGGAACCUGUGAGUUGGAUUGCUGCUCUGGAGAUCUUUGCAAUGCUGCGACAGUACCACUGGUCAGCGCCAUCGUCUUUACCGUAUGCGCUGUUCUGGCCACUUCUCUGUAA